UAUCAAUAUUUAGCGUGAAUUUAAUGUAAAGAACUAAUUUCCUUAUUAAAUUCUCUAUUAAAUUUAGAUCUAAAAAUAGUUUCAGCUGCCUAACCGCCAAGAGAAUCCCCAGAAUUCAUCAUGAGUGAUUCGGAUGAUGAUGAUAACAUUAUUCGGUUUGGUACUCCCUUAGAACCCAUCGAUGAAGAUGAGAUUCCAUCAAAGAGGAAAUUUCAGAAGGAGAGUUCAGAUCAGUUUGCUCUGGAUGGUGAAGGGCGGCGCCGGUUCCAUGGGGCCUUCACUGGAGGCUUCUCUGCCGGCUUCGGGAACUCCGUUGCUACUCCGGAAGGGUUUACUCCGGCUACAUUCAAAAGUACCAGAUCUGAGAAGGCACAGAAAUCUAACCAAAGGCCCGAAGAUUUCAUGGAUGAAGAAGAUAGGGGUGAAUUUGGCAUAGCACCACGGCUCGUGCAGACUAACAGUGACUUCUCAGGACAGAAGAGACGCAGACAGACGCGCUACCAUGAUGGCCCUAUACCAGGAGAGCCAGUGCUAGAGCAGCUAAUCCGGACGGUGCACGAGACAGCGGCGGUCCGCCUGCUGAAGGCCAUGGGCUGGAAGCCGGGGCAGGGCGCCGGCGUGAGGGUUAGCAAGAAAGAGAAGAAAGACGAGAGACAGAGAAAGAAGGUGUAUGGGUGUUAUAUGCCUGAGGAGUUGAGACAGAAAGACCCCCAACCUGAACCCCAAGACACCGACUCAUCGGACUCCGAGUUCGAGUACGACUCUCUCUUCGCGCCAGACGACUACGAGCCGUAUCUCCUGCGCACUAAGAGCGACCGCUUCGGGCUGGGGUACCAGGCGCUCAGCCGACACAACGUGCUGGGGUCCCUGGUGGGGGAGUAUGGAGGGAGCGGGUCUACUAGUCAUCUACAGAUGAAGGAUAAGGGGAAAAAGCUGUCAAUAAGGGGCCAAGCGUUCGGAGUAGGGGCCCUAGAGGAGGACGACGAAGACAUCUACGCGACUGAAGACAUGUCGCACUACGACUUCAGUCUGGGAGGGCCUAAAGUGGAUGAGAAGGCUAAAAAGAAGGGGAAAACUUCUACUGGGGUGCUCCCCGGCUUCGCCCGUGCAUCAAGACCGCAGCCGCCGCCCCCCGCGCGCCCCGCGCCCGCCCUGCCCCGCGACUACACCCCCGCCUGUGUCACUACCAGGUUCCAGAGCACCGAUGUUGUGCCUAGAGAUCAAGGUCUCGGUCGCCACGAGUUAUCCGCCGCUGCCAGAGGUUCCCUUUUAGGGGAAGCCCCAGUCCCUAAACCAGUCGAAGAGUUGCCUGGAAGAAAUGAGCCCGCCGCCCCGCCCAAAGACCCUAUAGCCGAGCUGCUGGGAAGAAAUGUUAACUUUGUUUCCACUGGUGAAAGUAGUGAGAAAAAGGAGCUGGAUUUUAUACCUAUUAGUGGCGGCACUAGUGAUAAAGUGCCUAAGGUAUUCAAACCGUUCGCCUCCAACCCAGAAAAACAAUCACGAUACGAGAAGUACCUCGCAGACAAGUGGAGCGUGCUAGAGCGAGACAGCAGCAUGGACCGCAUGGCCGCGUGGGAGCGAGACAGGGAGCGGCUGGAGUUCCAACAGGCGGCCAAGCUGUAUAAACCGCUCACUGGGUUUAUGAAUGAUAGAUUCACACACGCCUCGCAGCCUGAUGAGCAGCCCACCAACCCGCUCGCCGCCGUCGCUAGAAGCAACAGCAACAGGGGACUCGCCACGCAGGAACAAAUAGACGCCGCAGCAAAAGGACUAUUCGGCGUGAUGACUCGCAGGAAGAGCGAAUGGCGCCCCGAGCCGCUAGUAUGCAAGCGCUUCAACGUGCCCCACCCCUCGCAUGUCGCCAGCGUCGAGCCGCAAAAGGACGAGAAAUCCAAGGUCUCCUACUCCAUAUUCAACUAUCUGGAGACCUCAGUCCACGACAAAGCGAGCUUCGCCAAGGAACAAAGCACAUUCAGCGGCACCAACUCUCAAGCUGAAGAAAUAACUAAAGAAGCACCAAAAGUAACGCCUACUAACUCUAGAUGGGACAAACCAUCUACAGAAACACCAAAACCAGUACCAGAGAUAAGUAACAAAAGAAUGACCGUAGCAGAAUUGUUUAUGAAAGAAGCUGAAAAGGAACUUCAGAAUACUCGGAAUAAGGAUACGGUAGCUGUAGAUGAAACUAUAAAUAAAUUUGAUAAAAUGGAGCUUUACAAAUCGAUAUUCCUCAGUGACAGCGAAGAUGAUGAAGCGAGGGAAGAAACAAAUAAAAGUGAUGAGAAAGAAGUAGAUUUUAGAGAUACACCUAAGAAUAUUGAAAGGAACACUUCACCCCCAAGAGGUAUUUUCGCUAAUAUAGACUUUGACGAACUGAAUUCUUGGACCAAAACACCUACACCUGAAGUAAGUAAAAAAGAAACUGAUGUAACACCAUCUACUACUAAAAAUAAUAAUAUGGCAGCUACCAAAGAACAAAUACACAAUGAUGUUGGAGAAAGUAGCCUGUAUGGACCUAAAAUACCGGAGAAUCUUCAGAAAAGGUUAGAAGGUAAAUCGGAAAGCACAGAAAUAGAAGUAAAUAGUUUCAAACCGUCUUUCAGAAGUAAGAAUGAAAGGUUAGAAGGGAAAUUAAAUAGCACAGAUAGAGAAACAAAUAGUUUCAAGCCGUCUUUUAGAAGUAAGAGUGAAAGAGAUAACACCAUACAAGUGGAUUCGUCUUCCAGUUCAGACUCGUGGGUAGAAGAAAAAGAGGUCAAAUCGAAGAAGGUUAAAAAGAAAAAGAGUAAAAAACACAAACAUAAAAAAUCAAAACAUAAGAAGAAAAAUAAAUGAUGGUCUUAGUAAUAG